AUGGGAAGAAACUUUCUCCAUUGUUUUUCGUAUGGAAGAUCAUUUGUAAGACGGUACAGCGGAGCGCCUUCUCCUGGGGUGUUCACAAGAAACAGCGAGCGCACGUCGUGUUUAUGGGGCUGGCAAACUCGGCGACACCUGGCGGCGACGCCUGAGCAGAGCACGGAAGCACGGCGGAGAAAGUGGCGCGACACCGGCCUAUAUCAGUGGAUUCACCAAGAGCUGGACGGCAUUCGCUCCGCUGGGCUUUACAAGUCGGAGAGACGCAUUCUCUCCCCUCAAGCCGCAGACGUGGUUGUGGAGAGUCCGGAGACCAACAACAAGCCGCGCAAAGUGUUGAACUUUUGCGCCAACAACUACCUCGGUUUGGCGAAUCAUCCCGAAAUCAAACAGUCUGCUCGUGAUGCACUGGAUAGCCACGGUUUUGGUGUUGCCUCGGUGCGUUUCAUCUGCGGAACACAAGAUGUACACAAAGAACUUGAGCGGAAAAUCUCAACGUUCCACGAUACUGAGGACACGAUACUCUAUCAUUCUUGUUUCGGCGCGAACGAGGGGCUUUUCGAAGUAUUGCUGGGCCCGGAGGAUGCGAUUUUAAGUGAUGAGCUGAAUCACGCGAGCAUCAUUGAUGGCGUUCGCCUGUGCAAAGCUCGGCGUUAUCGUUAUCGCCACCUCGACAUGGAGGACCUCGAGCGUCAACUGGAGAAAGCGAAUCAGGAAGGUGCGCGCCAUAAGCUCAUAGCAACCGACGGUGUUUUCAGUAUGGACGGCGAUGUCGCGCCUCUGGAGCAGAUUUGCUUCCUCGCGGACCAAUACGACGCGAUCGUCAUGGUCGACGACUGCCAUGCGACUGGCUUUGUCGGUGCAAAAGGACGCGGGACUCCAGAGCUAUGCGGCGUCAUGGAUCGAGUUGAUAUCGUUACAUCCACAUUAGGAAAGGCGCUCGGUGGCGGCGCGGGCGGUUACACCACUGGCCGGAAGGAGAUCAUUGAGAUUCUGCGACAACGCAGCCGGCCGUACCUCUUCAGCAAUGCAUUGCCGCCAUCUAUUGUAGCCGGCAGUUUGACCGUCUUUGAUAUGCUAAUGCGCAAGCGAUCGCCGGCUUCUGGUGCGGACACUGCUCGCAGUGAUGGAACCGGAGCCAGUACGACGGAAACAGGUGGCGCUGAGGCCUUGGAAGCCUCUGAAUUACGUGCUCGACUCGCCAGAAAUACUCGACUCUUUCGUACGAAAAUGGGCGCCGCAGGUUUUCGUCUGGGCGGCGAGUGGCAUCCUAUAGUACCUGUCAUGAUCGGAGAUGCCCAAAUAGCAGCCGACAUGGCCAAGGCUCUUCUUGAGGAGGGUAUUUACGUCGUUGGAUUUUCAUACCCCGUGGUGCCGCGGGACAAGGCGCGUAUUCGGGUCCAGAUCUCAGCGGCCCACUCCACUGAUGAUAUCGAGCAGUGCGUUGCCGCUUUCGCAAAAGUAGGCAAAGAGAAGAAACUCAUUCCAUAG